AAGUGAUGGCACCCAGAAGAAAUGGGAAGUACAAACUUCCUGUUCCACUUCCAGAAGGCAAGGUUCUGGAUGAUACCGAAGGAAAACAGUGGGUACUGGGCAAGAUGAUUGGCUCUGGAGGAUUUGGAUUGAUAUAUUUAGCUUUCCCCACAAAUAAACAAGACAGAGAUGCGAGCCAUGUAAUAAAGGUGGAAUAUCAAGAAAAUGGUCCAUUAUUUUCAGAACUAAAAUUUUAUCAGAGAGCCGCAAAAAAAGACUGUAUCAAAAAGUGGAUAGAACUCAAACAACUUGAUUACUUAGGAAUUCCUCUGUUUUAUGGAUCUGGUAUAACUGAAUUCAAGGGAAGAAGUUACAGGUUUAUGGUAAUGGAAAGAUUGGGAGUAGAUUUACAGAAGCUCUCAGACCAGAAUGGGACUUUUAGAAAGUCAACUGUCCUACAGUUAGGUCUCCGGAUGCUGGAUGUACUGGAAUAUAUACAUGAAAAUGAAUAUGUUCAUGGUGAUAUAAAAGCAGCAAAUCUACUUUUGGGUUAUAAAAGUCCAGAUCGGGUUUAUCUUGCAGAUUAUGGACUUUCGUACAGAUAUUGUCCCAAUGGGAACCACAAACAGUAUCAGGAAAAUCCUAGAAAAGGCCAUAAUGGAACAAUAGAGUUUACUAGCUUGGAUGCCCACAAGGGAGUAGCCCUGUCCAGAAGAAGCGACAUUGAAAUCCUCGGCUACUGCAUGCUACGGUGGUUGUGUGGGAAACUUCCUUGGGAAAAGAACCUGAAGGACCCCGUGGCUGUCCAGACUGCUAAAACAAAUCUGCUGGCUGAGCUUCCUGAGUCAGUGCUGAAGUGGGCUCCAUCUGGAAGCAGUUGCUGUGAAAUAGCCCAAUUUUUGUCAUAUGUUCAUAGUUUAGCUUAUGAUGAAAAGCCAAACUAUCAAAGGCUGAAGAAAAUUCUAAACCCAGGUGGAGUACCUUUAGGACCACUGGAAUUUUCGGCUAACGGACAGAGUGUAAAUGUGCAUACCCCAACCAAUCAAAAAGUUGAUUCAAGAAAGGCUGCAACAAGACAAGUUGAUCAGAUACAAAAUAAGUUGAAAGAAAAAGCCCACUCUGAGAGAAGCGCUGAGUCCUUUGCCACAGGGAGAAAAGUGCACAAAGAGGACAAGCUGAUUGGAUUGACGAACAAUGAAGUAGUUCAGGGAAGCACAAGAAGGCGACAGAAAUACCAUGAGUCUUCAGAACUUCUGAAUGAAGUAAACAGUUUCCCCCUCAAAUCUAGCUAUACAUACUUCCCACAGUCACUUUAUGAACCCUAUCAAGAUUUUACCAGUCCAGAUAAGAUCACCAAGUCGCAGUCUCCACCUUGGUAUGUGUACACUUCCACAACUGGUAUGGAACUCGCAGACUUACAAAGUUCUGCAGGAUUUUGGUCUACAAUUUCCCAGUUUACUCUGACUGAAGAGACAAAGGCAGAUGUAUACUUCUACAGCUCCAUCAUAUUUUUGCUUCUGAUACUGGUAUGUCUUGCUCUAUAUUUUCUUUGAAAGUAUCAAAUAAAAUUCUUCUGGUAGUUUU